GCGGCGCCGAAGGAGGAAGAAAGCGGCGCUCCUGCCGGGGCCCCUCCGGAUAAAAUGGGCCGCGAGCAGAUCCUGGACUGCACGAUCAAUCAGUUCCUGCAGGCGCUGGACGCUGGAGGAUGUCACCUUUUCUCCAAGUGCUACAGCUGUCUCUACAAAGCCCAUCCUGAAUUCACAAAAUGCGUUUAUAAUCAGUUCAUAUCCCAUCUGCAAAAUUCUGUACAGGAAGAGGUCCAGGCCCUCAAGGAGGAAGGGAACCUGCCGGUGCUCCUCAAGUCCCUGGAUAAGCUGGAGAGAGAAGCCAAGGACAAGGAGGGCCCUGCCUGGCGCCCCACUGGCAUCCCCGAGGAAGACGUCCGCGGGGCAGUCGUGCCCUACCUCCUGAAGCAGCGCAAAUCCCUCCAGAAAUCCCUCCGGGAAAAGCAGGAGCGCAACUCCCAGCUGGCCGCCACUGUGCUGGCCGGCCGGCAGAGGAUUGCAGAGCUGCAGGAGCAGAUCCGCCGGCAGAAGGAAGAGUGGCAGGGAACCGCUGUCGAAGGCCGGAAGAGGAUGGAGACCUUGGAUGACGUCUCCUGAGGAGACCUGGCUGCUUUUCGGGGGACGCGAGGAUGUGAGGGAGACCUCAGCCACACAGUGAGCCUGGGGGUUUUCUGCCAGGUUUCCAGAGCAGCCCCUUCCCCUCUUGGCUUGACCAGGGGGCGGGGUGCACGUGUGACCAUGCCCUUAUUU